CUUGAUCAUGUUCAGUACGAUGAUGAACUCUGCAGAGUGCAGACGUAAUGGAGUUACUACUUGCUCUGUUUUCAGAAGUUAAUUUUGCAGGCUCCGUUUCAGUUCCAGCCGAUGCAAUUGCAAUGUGGUUGCCCCUAAGUUCUUACUCGCUGUGUUCAAUUAGUUGUGGUGUCUUUCGUUGCCCUGAGAUCUUGUCUACUGUAGUCUUGAGAACAUAGCCAUUGCUCUAUAUAUGUUCUUGUCUCCCUUGCAUGCUUCUAUUGAUUGGGAACUUCUGAUCUUUUUUUUUGUCAUUGAAGAAUUAAAGCUGCAAAUGAUUACUUGCAUGCUCAGUCAAAUGUAGAUUGAGUUUUGGGUGUGAACUACCCUACUGCCUACAUAUUAUGCUUAUAUGCUUGAAGUAUUUUGUGAACAAUGGAAAAUCUAACCAGGACGCAUACAAUCUUGGUCAUCUUAGGCUUAGUUUGCGCAUAGUGUACUGUACUAUACAUAGAAUUUAUUUGUAACCACUGUGGAAAUAUAGUGACCAAUGUAGCAAAGUAGGCCGAGGGCACCCCUUUUUUCAAAAAAAAAAAAACAAAUGUAGCAAAGUUUAUAGCCAACAUACUUCUUUUUUUUCUCGAAUACGCACAAGCAUGUGUAUCAUAUAUUGAUAGAAGAAAGGGUGAAGAGACCCAUCCACAGUUUGAGUACAAUGCCAAAAGGCAAAACACACCACGCUAAUUAAUCCCUGGGAUUAGAACCACACCUACUACAAACGAGAAUGAGAGAACUUGCCUUGCCCUAUCCCUAGCCAAGAAAGCAAAGAAGACGGGGCACCGAGCAAACAUGCCGCGUCACUACCGUUGCAAGCAACAUCCAAGCCACACCGACGACUACAGAACUAACUAGAUCGACGUACCUCCCACCACUAGUGCCUAGAAGAGCCGGCUGGUGGAUGGUAGGACCUAGCUGGGCCUGAAGAAGAAGACGCGCAGGAUGCGCCGCGAUGGCAUACAUAGCGCCCUAGAGGCCCACGUCCCAAGGGGCAACCCACACCAAAAGCAAGACCCUCCAAACUCUAGCUCCGAGGACUCCGCGAGCAGCCAAGGCGGUGCCUUCAUGAAGGUACGACGCCGUGACGACGCCGCCGCCUGUUCCGGAGGGCCGGAACAAGGGUUUCCCCCGGCGCUCGAGAAGGGACAUGAUCAGGACCAUGGCAGCACCCCCAAGAAGGAAACGGCACCCACAGGCGUCGUCGCUGCCAGCAUCGGCAAGCCCUGCGGAGAUUUCGCCCCGUCCAUGAACAAAGUCCAAACCACCGGAGCCACGACCAGGGAGCAGAUUGCCGGGUGAGUUCACCGCUACAGGAAGGCGAGAGACACUCAUCAACGUUGCAGAGAGGUGACACCGGACGCCGCCGGCCUCCCCUCCACCAACAGCGACCACGACCGGCCGUCCUCAUAGUAUGAGGCGGAUCCGUCGGACCACCACCCAGAGCCGCCGCUCUGGCAUCCGGAAUCCACAGCAGGCCGCGUAGCCUACCGGAAUCCCACCGCCGGGCGCGCCGACCGUCGGACAGAGCCAACCUUGAGCAUCGCCGGCACCACGCCACCACCACCAACCAUCCUCAACCACGCCGGAGAAGGGAGCAACCCAGGCGCGCAACCACCACCGCUCGGGGCCGCCGGCCGGCGCCCGAGCCCACACCACCCGGAGGAAACCGGAUCUGGGCCGGAUGCCCGAGAUCCGUCGCCACCAGCCGCCAAGGCCGCCCCCAUGCUGCCCCUGCAGCCGUGGCGGCACAGCCACCGCCGGAGUCCCCUGGGGCCGCCGCCCCAGCAUCCCGCAUCCGCCGCGCCGUCGGACGCCCAGGGGCACCGUCGCGCCGCAGCCGGAGGCCUCCUCGCGAGGAACGGAGGCGAGCCCGCCACCGCCGUCAGCCAAGCGAGCUUCGCUCGCCGGCCUCCUCCGGCGGCGGCGGGGAGAGCAGAGGAGAGGAGAGUCGGGGGCGGCGGCGGCUAGGGUUUGCCCGAGCCGCCCCCUGGAUGCAGCGCGGGCGACGGGGAAAGGCCAACAUACUUCUUAGAAGUGCUUCGUUGGCAUGCAUUUUGUUAGAGUACACUGUAUAUACGCCGUACUACAUCUGUAUUUAGUCAACCUCUGUACGUGUGAGUGCGUGUGAUCGUGGGACACGAUCAGCAUGUAGUGGCGCACGAUCGCCUCGGCUGUGGCCUCCUGUAAUCUGUAUAUUACCCCCAGCCGAUGAGCCAAUUGAUGUGCGUUGAGUCUCAUUCCUUCUUACCUCUCAAACAUGGUAUCAGAUACCCUUGACCCGAUCAAUCCCUUUGCUCCGGUCACUGAUCCCUCUUCCGCUGCCAUGGGCGAUGCUCCUCCUCCUCCUGCACCUGACGGCUCUGCUGCUCCCGUCGCCCCUGUCCCACCUCCUCAUGUGAUCCUGCCCGCCGUGCCGGUCGCCGCUUCGCCACCAACCGCCGUCGCGCCUCCAGUCACUGCUCUCCCUUCGUCGGUCUUGCAGACGAUCGACAUCCGCAGGCACGUGCCUGUCACUCUGGAUCUCUUCGCCGGCAACUACGCGCAGUGGCGCCGUCACUUCGACACGGUCAUCGGCAUGUUCGGGCUGCGCGACCACGUCGAUGCCGACGCCGUCCAGCGCCCCGAUGAUCCCGAGUGGAUGAUGGCUGAUCAUGCCGUCCUUCACUGGCUCAACACCACUGUCGCGCCGGACCUCCUCGACGCCGUGAUGCAAAACGAAGACAUGGCGCUCACCGUGUGGGCGGCCAUCGACGGCAUCUUCCGCGACAAUCAACUUGCCCGCGCCAUCUACGUCGACGCCGAGUACCACGCCGUCGUGCAAGGCGACAUGACCAUCAUGCAGUACUGCACGAAGUUCAAGUCGUACACCGACCAGCUGCGUGAUCUCGGCCAGCCCGUGGACAACACUCAGCAACUCUUCCACCUCCUCCGCGGGCUCGGGCGCCAGUACCACGGGGCCAUCACGCACCUCACGGCGCGGACACCACUUCCCUCGUUUCUUCAGGCGCGCUCCUUCCUCCUGCUUGAGGAACUUCGUGCCGAACAGAGUGCGCGCCAGCAGGGGGCGCACGCCCUGGUCGCCGGGCGCGGCGUGGGCGUUCCCCCUCUGCCCCCAACUCCGACACCGACGCCGUCCCCGCCCACCUCCGACAACGGCGCCUCCCGUGGACGUGGCCGCCAGCGCCGCCGUGGUCGUGGUGGUGGCGGCGGCCCUCCCUCGGCUCCGCCUGGCGUCCCACGCCCGGGCGGUCUUCCUGCUCCUGCUCCGGGGUCCAACUCCUGGACUGGGCUUGUGCAAGCCUGGCCCAUGCCGUGGCGUGCUUGGCCCCCGCCCCGGCACUCCACACCAGCAGGCGAUGUUCGCUGCUCCUCAUGCUCCAGCCCCGUGCGCAUACAACUACGGCUACGGCUACUCUCCGCCACCUCCAGGCUAUGCCGCACCGCCUCCGUACGGCGCCCCUGGUGCACCGGUCGCGCCGUACCAGCCCCUGGACAUGGCCUCGCUGCAGGCUGCUCUUCACAGCGCCACCGCCGGGCCGUCUUCCUCUGGUGGUUCCUCGGACUGGUAUAUGGAUUCCGGCGCGGCGUCUCACAUGACCAACUCCCCUGGACCUUCGAACCAGGGCGGCGAUUCUCCGAUGUGACUCCCCGGGUGAUCUUUAUCCCGUCGCAGCUUCCUCCCCGACGCACUCCCCGUUCGCUGGCGUUGCUGCUGUCGACCUACUUCAUCAGCGCCUCGGGCACCCUGGUUCUGCUUCAGUUCAGCAUGUUGCUAGUCAGCUUCAGUUUAGUUUCAGCAAGUCUGCAUUACAUGUGUGUGAUGCCUGUCGCUUAGGGAAACACACUCAUUUACCUUUUCAUGAAUCCAACAGUUGUACAUACUUUCCCUUCCAAUUGUUACAUCUUGAUGUAUGGACCUCGCCUGUUGUAAGCAUCUCGGGUUAUCAGUUCUACUCAGUAAUUCUUGAUGAUUACACCCAUUUUGUGUGGA